AUGCCCUCCAUUCAAACUUAUGACGUAACCAUUAUUGGUGGCGGCCCCGUGGGCCUCCUCCUUGCAUACCAACUCACCCGCUUCGGACUCGGCGUCUGCGUGGUGGAAAAGCAAAACAAAGCCAGCCCGGAAGGCCGCUAUGGGCGCGCCAUCACCCUGUUCCCGCGCACGUUGGAACUCCUCGACCAAUUGGACCUGGUGGGUCCGAUCUUGCAGCAGGGGUUCGCUUGUAGGAGCAGUGUCACUUACAAGGAUGGGGUUCAACAAUUGCCUGGAAAGGUUUGGACGUUCAUGGAGAACAUCCAGGGUACGGUGUUUGAUUUCGCGCUCGUAUUGAGGCAGAUGUUUACGGAAGAUAUCCUGCGGGAGAGACUGGGUCGGAGGGCAGUUUAUCAUGACUCGAUGGAAUGUGUGGGGUUUGAAGUGGAUGAGGGCGAUGGAGACUAUGCGGUGAAUGCUAGCUGUGUGGGCGUUGAGACCGGGGAGAGGGUGCUUAUAAAGAGUAAAUACCUCGUCGGUGCAGACGGAGGACACAGCUUUGUUCGUCGGCAUGCCGAUAUCCCCUUCGACGGGGACUCCUCGGAGGACCAGUGGAUCCGUAUUGAUGGGAUUGUGGAGACGGAUAUGCCUAUCCAUCGGGCUUAUGGAGCCAUUGAAACCACAACUCACGGCAACGUCCUCUGGGCGCCUCUCGACCACGGCGCAACCCGCAUCGGAUAUGCAUAUACGCCCGAGAUCGCCGCCAAAUACCCCGACGGUGCAACCGAAGAGGUCGCCGUCAACGAGGCAAUCGAGUGUCUACGCCCUUUCAACCUCAAAUUCAAAGAAGUACACUGGUGGACACUAUACAAAAUCAGCCAACGAAUGGCCCGCAGCUUCUCCUCCCACCACAACCGCAUCUUCUUGUGCGGCGACGCCGCCCACACACACAGCAGCGGGGCCGCCCAGGGGCUGAACACCGGCAUCCACGACGCCGUCAACCUCGCCUGGAAACUGGCUCUAGAGAUCGCCGGCCUAGCCCAUCCCGACGUCCUGGACACAUACACCACCGAGCGCCAGUCAGCCGUGCAGCGCCUCCUCAACUACGACAAGGAUAUCUCCCUCCUGAUGACCCAUAAAUGGCCGGCCUGGUACGAUGGCGAUCCGAAUGCCGACCCGAACCUCCUCCUGGGAGAGAUCUUCGAGCAGGCUGCGCCGUUCAACACCGGUCUAGGCAUUUCCUAUCCGAGUAACAUCCUCAAUAGGGUCCAGAAUUCGUCAUCGAGCGUUCAACCCGGUACCCGCGCUCCGGACACUCACCUCACCGCGCCAGGGACCUUUGAGUCGGUGCGGCUGCAUCGUGUCCUUCGCAACCAGGGCAGGUUUCAUAUCCUGCUCUUCACCGGGACGGAGACUAGGUCGGUGAUCCCGACCUUCCUCUCUCUUCGGGAGUAUCUCGUGACUGUCUGUCCGGAAUUAGAACGCCACCGUGCCGUCGACUGGCUGACGAUCUGCGGGGCGGUCGGUUGCUCGCCGUACGAGGUGCUGGGGAUCCAGCCAUUCGGAGAUACCUACUUCGAUGCGAAGGGGGAAGGGCAUCGUGCCUAUGGGGUCGAUUUGCAGAAGGGGGGCGUUGUGGUGAUUAGGCCCGAUGGUCUGGUGGGGUUUGUGGCUGGGCUGGAGGGUGCGGGUGUCCGGGACUACUUU